CUUCCGUUCACUCUUAUUUUCUAUCCUUAAAAUCCUCAGAUUAUUCUUCUUCUUUUUUUUAAUAUCUGUUCGUUUUUUUAAUUUUGUUUCUUGCUCAUAAGAAUCUUCAGGCAAAAGCAAACAACCAGUUCAAUUUAACACUGAUGAUGAUUAAGUAGCUACACUUGCCUGUCGUUUCUUCUUUCGUUUUGGGUUUUCAUUUCCUGGCGAAGAAAACUAUGUUUCAAAGAUUAGUCUUCGUUCUCAUUGCUCUUCUGAUUCAAUCUUCUUUCCUUUUUGAGUUUUCCUCUGCUCUCAAAGAGGGAAAAACAUGUGUUAGAAACAAGAACUGUGACACUGGAUUGCACUGCGAAACAUGUCUAGCCAACAAUAAUCUCAGACCCAGAUGCUCUCGAACCCAACCCAUCAACCCCAUCUCCAAGGUAAAAGGGUUGCCUUUCAACAAGUACUCGUGGUUAACAACUCACAACUCGUUUGCUCGACUCGGGGCAAUAUCAAAAACCGGUUCUGUGAUUUUGGCUCCUACUAAUCAGCAAGACUCAAUCACAAGCCAACUCACUAACGGUGUAAGAGGGUUUAUGCUCGACAUGUACGACUUCAAAAACGAUAUCUGGCUUUGUCAUUCUUUCGGCGGAAUGUGUUUUAAUUUCACAGCUUUCCAACCGGCGAUUAACGUUCUAAGGGAGAUUCAAGUGUUUCUAGAGAGUAACAAGGAGGAAGUUGUAACGAUUAUUAUCGAAGACUAUGUGAAAUCGCCAAUGGGUCUCACCAAAGUGUUUGACACGGCCGGGCUACGAAAGUUCAUGUUUCCGGUAACUAGAAUGCCCAAAAAUGGAGGAGAUUGGCCAACGCUUGAGGACAUGAUACGCCAAAACCAAAGGUUGCUAGUUUUCACAUCCGAUAGACGUAAAGAAGCAACCGAAGGAAUCGCAUAUCAAUGGAAUUUUAUGGUUGAGAAUCAAUAUGGAAAUGGAGGGUUAAAGGUAGGAGUGUGUCCAAACAGAGCUCAAUCAGCACCAAUGAGCGAUAAAUCGAAAUCUCUUGUUCUUGUGAACCAUUUUCCUGACGCUCCGGAUUUGGUAGUUGCAUGUAAACAAAACUCUGCUCCUCUUCUUGAAUCCAUCAAGGCAUGUUACCAAGCCGCGGGACAACGAUGGCCUAAUUACAUAGCGGUCGAUUUUUACAAGAGAAGUGAUGGUGGAGGAGCGCCGCAAGCGGUUGAUGUUGCCAAUGGCAAUUUGAUAUGCGGUUGUGAUAAUUUUGCAGCGUGCAAGGCGAAUGGAGAGUGUGGAUAGUAAAAAAAAGACUGAGAGCCCAGAGGCAACUCUCAUGACCAAAGCCUUUGGUCAUUGAUUUACCAAACCGACCCAAUCUUGGGCUUUCUGUGUUUGUUGGCACAUUUUGUGUCACUUCUCAUAUAAACCUUUAGUGCAAUGGUUAGCGUUUUUUUUUUUUGUAAUCGAGAUUAGUGUAAUAGAGUAGUAGUUAGUUCAAUAUUACAAUUUACAUUAUAAUGAUUUACGAACCAAAAACCGAAUAAUAGAAUGUUGAACAAUGAACACAA